GCCCUCCUCCCUCCUCCCUUCCCACCCGGAGGACGAGGAGCGGGCGGGACGGCCGGGGGGACUGGGGGCAGGGGCAGGGGACCGCCCCGAGGAUGAAGCAGUCCCUGGUGGAUGACACUGAGGACGUGUCACUCGAUUUUGGAAAUGAAGAAGAAUUAUCAUUGAGGAAAGCCAAAAUCAGAGCAAAGGAAGGAAGGCUGUUUGAAUACAUACUGUUAAAAAGGCAUCCACUGGCCACCUUUUUCCACCUCUUUUUCCGAGUGAGUGCUAUUGUCACCUACUUGUUCUGUGACUGGUUCAGCAAAAGCUUUGUUGCCUGUUUUGUCACUAUUCUUCUCCUUCUGUCCUUUGACUUUUGGUCUGUGAAGAAUGUAACAGGAAGACUCUUGGUGGGUUUGCGUUGGUGGAACCAGAUAGAUGAAGAUGGAAAAAGCCACUGGAUUUUUGAAGCUAAAAAGGUCUCUUCACAUAACACUGCCUCAACAGAAGCUGAAGCUAGAAUUUUUUGGCUGGGCCUGAUUAUUUGUCCAAUGAUAUGGACAGUGUUCUUUUUUAGCACUUUAUUCUCCUUAAAGCUAAAGUGGCUGGCUCUGGUCAUAGCUGGAAUCUCCCUUCAAACGGCUAAUCUGUAUGGCUACAUCCAUUGUAAACUGGGAGGUCAGAAAAGCAUCAUCAAAGUAACUUCAAGGUUUCUGUCCCAAACGAUGUUCCGGAGGGAAUGUCAAGAUGACUUUCAGAAGCCUAUUCUAAAGGGAAUGGAAAUACACUCGCACUAGCGGAGAAGUCAUGAAAGGUCACUUCAGAGAGAAUAAAAGACAAACGGAGACCUGUUUCUUUGGGGAGAAAGCAAAUGGUCACUUCUUGUUUUUCCAUCACUGCACGGCCCCGGAAGCCAGAGUUUUGAAGAGAAAAUAUUUAUUUUUAAAAUGGCACCUAUCAGACAGUGCCUUAUAUAAAAGUAUUGCAGUGAAACAACGAAAACUAGUGAGUCUUUGAAUAAAGUGAAUUCAAACUGAGGUUGAGCUAAACUUACAUCUGUGCUUAAUUUCCAUUUUUCAGUCUUGAUUAUUGAUUAAAAUUCUCAAAGAUG